ACCCUUAAAUGGGGCAGGAACGGCCCCAGCCCCUGUCCCAGGGAGCUCGCUGGUGCCCAGGCACUGCGCUGAGCACUUCCCAGGGACCGGCUGUGGGAAUCCGGCACCAUGGCAGUCAUCUCAUCAAAGGGGAAACUGAGGCCAGGAGUGGGGCUGUUGCUGGCCUGGCGUCUCCCAACACAUGGCAGGAUUACAUCUGCCCGAGAUGCGAGUCCGGUUUCAUCGAGGAGCUUCCGGAAGAGACCAGGAGCGCAGAGAAUGGCUCCGCCCCCUCCACAGCGCCCUCGGACCAGAGCCGGCAGCCCUUCGAGAACGUGGACCAGCACCUGUUCGCGCUGCCGCAGGGGUACGGGCAGUUUGCUUUCGGCAUCUUUGAUGACAGCUUUGAGAUUCCCACGUUCCCCUCGGGGGCACCGGCAGAUGAUGGCAGGGACCCCGAGAGCCGGCGGGAGAGAGAGCAGCAGUCCCGGCACCGGUAUGGGGCGCGGCAGCCCCGAGCCCGCCUCACCCCGCGGCGCGCCACCGGCCGGCACGAAGGCGUCCCUACGCUGGAAGGGAUCAUCCAGCAGCUGGUCAACGGCAUCAUCACUCCGGCUACCAUCCCCAAUCUAGGCCUGGGUCCCUGGGGUGUCCUGCACUCCAACCCGAUGGACUACGCCUGGGGGGCCAACGGGCUGGAUGCCAUCAUCACGCAGCUCCUCAAUCAGUUCGAAAACACGGGCCCCCCGCCCGCAGACAAAGAGAAAAUCCAGGCCCUCCCCACCGUCCCUGUCACCGAGGAGCACGUAGGGGCUCCCCGCUCCCACAGGCUCUGGGCUGGAGUGCCCCGUGUGCAAGGACGACUACGGGCUGGGCGAGCGCGUGCGGCAGCUGCCCUGCAACCACCUGUUCCACGACGGCUGCAUCGUGCCCUGGCUGGAGCAGCACGACAGCUGCCCCGUCUGCCGUAAGAGCCUCACAGGACAGAACACAGCCACCAACCCCCCGGGCCUGACCGGGGUGACCUUCUCCUCGUCCUCGUCCUCGUCCUCCUCCAGCUCGCCCAGCAAUGAAAACCCAGCAAGCAACUCCUGAGUCCCCGCCGGUCCCCAGAGAGCACAGGACCCCGCCCAGCACCAGGCCUCGCUGGCACGGGGACGCAACGUCAGGUGCCCGGAGGUGCCCCACCUGCCUCUGCUUCCGCGGACUCCGGGGCGCUGCGCCCCGGCCGGGCAGAGGCUCGGAGGACCCACCGCUCUGGGCUGCGGAAGAAGCUGGCGCCCCAGGGACGUCCGCACGGGCCAGGCCAGAGGGGUGCAGGGCACGCGUCGCCCCGGGCGUUCCCGGCCUCCUUGUCCCAUGUGUCUCUAACCUCGUCCUCUACGUGUUCAACAGCAGAAAGGUUUUUAUAAUUUUAAAUUAUUAUUGCUUUGAAAUAAACGGACGUUAGCUCACA